GGCGCGGUUUACGAAGGCCUGGGGCUGAGCGGCAAGCUUUCAGCCGGAGAGGAGCGGGUGGUGGAGGGGCCGAGAGGCACCUUCCCAGACUGGUCCGAAUGCUGCGCGUCCUGACCAGCGCCCUGCGCCUUCCGAGCCCCCGGAGGCCCCUUGAGGCCCGUGGCUGCGCCGCCAAUCUCGCGGCCGCAAACCGCGAGAUCCAAGUGUGCGCUCUGGCGGGUCCAGACCAAGGAAUCACUGAGAUUUUGAUGAACAGACCAAGCGCCCGCAAUGCCCUGGGGAACGUCUUCGUUAGUGAGCUGCUGGAAGCUCUGGCCCAGCUGCGGGAGGACCGGCAAGUGCGAGUCCUGAUCUUCAGAAGUGGAGUGAAGGGUGUAUUCUGUGCAGGUGCAGACCUGAAGGAGCGGGAGCAGAUGAGUGAGGCGGAGGUGGGGGUCUUUGUCCAGCGGCUCCGAGGCCUGAUGAAUGAGAUUGCAGCCUUCCCUGCGCCCACCAUUGCAGCUAUGGAUGGGUUUGCCUUAGGCGGAGGCCUGGAACUCGCCCUGGCCUGUGACCUCCGAGUGGCAGCAGCUUCCUCAGCUGUCAUGGGGCUGAUUGAGACCACCCGAGGACUCCUCCCAGGAGCAGGAGGGACUCAGAGGCUGCCUCGAUGCCUGGGGGUGGCCCUGGCGAAGGAGCUCAUCUUCACAGGCCGACGACUGAGCGGGUCACAGGCCCAGGCUCUGGGGCUGGUGAACCAUGCUGUGGCCCAGAAUGAGGAGGGCAACGCCGCCUACCACCGGGCACGAGCACUGGCCCAGGAGAUCCUGCCCCAGGCCCCCACUGCUGUGCGGCUGGGCAAAGUAGCCAUUGACCGAGGAACAGAGGUGGACAUUGCAUCAGGGAUGGCCAUUGAAGGGAUAUGCUAUGCCCAGAACAUCCCGACCCGGGAUCGGCUGGAAGGCAUGGCUGCCUUCAGGGAGAAGCGGCCCCCUAGAUUUGUUGGCGAGUGACUUCCCUUGAACCUUACGCAUGGGAGAUGCACAUCUUACAGGGAAGGAUCCAGACGGAAAACGUGCAGCGCGCCUGCCCUCCUCAUUUCACCCCUCUAGGCUUCAGUUUCCUCACAAGGACGAUGAUCGAUAUAGAGUGACUGGCACGGUGCCUGGCACGAAGGUGCUGACUAUGCCAUCUACCGCUACCUUCAUCAUUCCUCACCCAGGCUAGACAAUCACUGGUGUCGGGUUGGCUUUGGAGAAUACCUGUCUCUCCCUAAUAGAACGAUCAACUAAGGACAAAACAGACCCCUCUGGGCCUUUAUAUCGCUGGCACUCAAGCCUGACCUCUGCCUCUCAGUUAUUAGGUGCUCACCAGAGAUGAGAGGAGGUUGUAAGAACCACCCUCCACUGCCCUGUUUCUUCCUCUGUACAACAGAGAUAAUAAGGAAACCCUGGCAGUGGUUGAAUAGGCCCAGCUCUCUGCCAGUUACUCACUGUGUGCCUCAGCCUCCUCAUCUAUAAUGAAACUGUUGGGAGGACUAAACAAAUAAUAAAACGCCUGAUGUUCAAUAAACGUGAGUUAUUAUUCAUGUACACUGUUCUUCUAAGAACCAGAUGAAAUCACUGCUGUGAAAACCUUUUGUAAACUGUAACGUGGCAGGCAAAUCUUUGAUGGAGCAUUAAAUAGCUUUCAGGAGUGCUGAGAAGGGAACGAUUAACUCUGAUGGACAACAUGGAAGGUCAGGAAAUGGGCAGGUGACACUGGAGUUGAAAGCUGAAGGAUCAAUAGGCAUUUGAGGCGAAAAAGAGGAAGCCUGAGGGGAACAGCACGAGCAAAAGUGAGCAAGAUGACGACACUGAGAAAUAAAGGGUGGCUGAUAUGCACAUGUGCACACUAGUCUCAGGAGCCCUCCUUCUGUGCACCAAGGCAGGGGAAGAGACAGCCACGUGGUCAUUCUUUAUCUGACCUGAGCUUUCUGCGCCUACGCCUGGCCAGACUCAGAAGUCACUAAGCCACGGGCACGGACACAUACCAAUAACAUUGUUGACUUGCUGCUAAAUACAAAUGUGCCCCAAAGUUGUGCUCAUUUCCUGAAAGGGAGAGUAACACAGAAGAGCCCAAGUCUCUGAAUCAGCAGCAACCGCAUGAGCAGCAUCUAUCUACUCAGGAAAGUAACCUGAACUUCUUCUUUCUCAUCUGUUAAAUAGGGAGGAUAAAACUCAACUAUCACAGAGGAUUGUUGUGAAUGAGACAAAACUUGGAGAGGUGCCCGGUUGUCGAACUGGACCUCAACAGGCACUAUUUCCCACCCACCCUCCUCACAUUAGCCUAAGCUAGUAUCUGGUAACAGCAUGUUCCAACGCACGGAACUCAGGUCAGGAAAGUAAGACAGCCUUUUGAAUCAUGCAAAAGAGUGAAUGAGAGAAAAUACUGUGUAGUUGCAGGACUGUAGAAGGAAGCAGAUUACAAAUUCCUCUUAUCCAGUCACCAGUGAGCAAUAGUUUGAAAUAUGGUUUAGAAUAAGAAUAAGCCUCAUCUGAUUCCAAACAAAGGUAUAUAGCAUUCCAGUUAAGAGUCUGGCCAGCUAACAGCACAAAAAUCUAGUCCUAAAAUAAGCUACUAAUUCAGAAAGGAAUUUAUUUCUUUGAAAAACUUAAACAGAUGAAUGGUAAAACAUGUUUUGUUAGUUGUCAAUAAUAAGGUGAGGAAGGAUUUCAUACUCUAUUCCAGAGUGGGUUUGCAGAGGACACAAACCAAAGCUUCUGAUAGUUUAUACUGUGGUUGAGGCUGGUUCUCAGAGAAGCUCACUAUUUUUCUCAUCUCCAUAUUAGGUAAGAGCACCUCUGGCACAGCCCUUCCUUUUCCUCUCAGUUUUCGUCACAGUCAUAACUCAAAUUAAAAAUU